UGAUCCUCCUUUCCAGUGGCCUCAAUCCUCUCUUAGGCGGCCGGGUGACUCUCUCUCGGCAGUCUAGCGCCACCAUCCACCACGCCAGGACGGAAGGCAGGAUCGCUCUCUCCACUCCCUCCACCCGUCCACUUUCCCGACACCAAGAUGGUGCUGCGUCACGUGGCCGUGCUGGCCGUGGUGCUGGCCGUAGCGUGGGCCCAGGGGCGGCCAGGCGGCCUGGGCGGCGGCCAGGGGGGCGGCCAGGGGGGCGGCCAGGGCGGCGGCCGUGAGCUGAUCAGGCCGGACCCCAGGGCGUGCAGGAACAGGGUGACCCACGCCGCCACCUUCCGCAACGGACACUACUACUUCUUCUCCUGGGCCCACGGACCCACCAGCCAGCACGAGCGGGACUGGCUGGACGCCAGGAACAUCUGCAGGAAGCAUUGCCAGGACCUCGUGAGCAUCGAGACGCAGGAUGAGGCUCAGUUCGUGGAGCAGAACAUGGUUCAGGGCAACGUCAAGUACAUCUGGACCUCUGGACGCAAAUGUAACUUCGACGGCUGCAACCGGCCAGACCUGCAGCCCCCCAUCGUCAACGGCUGGUUCUGGUCUGGCUCCACCGCCCGCAUCCCCCCCACCAACUCCACCCAGGGCUGGCGCGGGGACUGGUCUCACACGGGCGGCUCCGGCAGACCCCAGCCCGAUAACCGCGAGUUCUCGGAGACCGGCACGGAUGAGUCCUGCAUCGCCAUCCUCAACAACUUCUACCAGGACGGCGUCAAGUGGCACGACGUCGCCUGCAACCACGUGAAGCCCUGGGUCUGCGAGGACUCCGACGAGCUCCUGGCCUUCGCCCGCUCCAGCUUCCCGCGCUCUGGCAUCCCCUAGGCAGGCGUGGGAGGCCGAGGAGGAGGAGGAGGAGGAGGAGGACCAGGAGGAGGAGGUGAAGGAAGUGGGGUAUUGGCAAGAGAAGAGGAGGAGGACUAAGAGAUGGUUUUGAAAGUAGCUUGUGUUGUUGUUGUUGUCUGUUUAUAUCUUCUAAAAAUUGAUUUGUUAAAAGAUAUAUGAUUUUAACCUCCAUCUCCUCCACCUCUUCACAUUGACUUUACUUCUUCUUCUUCUUCUUCCCCCCCUGGUCCCCCCCCCCUCCUUCCUUUCCUCCUCUCCCCCUCAACACACACACACACACACACACACACACACACACACACUGUAUAGUCUUUCCUCUCAUCAUCUAGAUACAAUAUCCAUUUUCUACCUUUCCACCCCUUCUUCCACACCUAUUAUUAUUAUUAUUAUUAUUAUUAUUAUUAUUAGUCAUCGUUAUUUAAAUACCCGUUAGUGAACCUCUACGUAUCUCUACAUGUCGUUUUAAGCACCAUUUUUUUUGUAAUUCUUUAUUCACUGACUAACCAAAAAGAUGAAACGCAGGAAAAAGAAAGUUCAACAAGCAAGAGGUACACUAAGAUAUAAAAAAACAAAAACAUAAUCGGCAGGAUCCGGUUUUCCGUUUUCUUUAAGGUGUAAAUACAGAAUUAAUCAAGUCACCCCUUCCCCCCCUAACCUACCCUUCCUCUUGUCUGUACGUCUGUCUGUCUGUCUGUCUUGAAUAAAGAUACGCUGUUUUUAUA